CGGGUGCUCUGUAUUUGGACAGCAGUGGCGCCACUUGCACCCGGCCUACAUGCAUCGAGUACAAAUGUCUGCGGCUGCGGGGUUCUCAGACAAGGCCCAUUCCAGUUCUAAGUAAGCUACGAGAAGACAGCGGGAAGGGAAGGAGAUGAGGCCUGGAUCCAGUUCUUGCCUCCAUGGCUCUGUGCGCUGGACGAUGCUGCUGCUUCUUCUUCUUCUUCUUCUUAUGGUAGCAGCUGCGCAAGCUCAGCAAGCGCCGAGUACAAGGACCGAUCCAACUGAAGCGGCGGCGGUGAACGCGGUGUUCGCCAAGCUCGGGCUGACGGCGUCGACGGCAUGGAACAUCAGCGGCGACCCCUGCACCGGCACGGCCACGGACGGCACCCCCAUCGACGACAACCCAAACUUCAACCCGGCCAUCAAGUGCGACUGCACCGACCAGAACAACACCGUCUGCCACGUCACCAGGCUGAAAAUUUACGCGUUGAAUGCAGUUGGCCGGAUACCAGAAGAACUGCAGAACCUCACGCGCUUGACCAACCUGAAUUUAGGACAAAAUUACUUGACAGGGCCUUUACCAUCGUUCCUUGGGAAAUUGACUGCUAUGCAGUACAUGAGUGUGGGCAUCAAUGCAUUCUCUGGAUCUGUUCCAAAGGAGCUGGGGAACCUUACGAAUCUCAUAUCACUGGGCAUUGGUUCAAACAACUUAAAUGGUUCCCUUCCUUCAGAAUUGGGGAACCUGGCUAAACUUAAGGAAUUGUAUAUUGAUAGCGCUGGCUUAAGUGGUCCUCUACCAUCAUCAUUUUCCAAGCUUACAAGAAUGAAUAAAUUGUGGGCAUCAGAUAACGAUUUUACUGGGCAAAUACCAGAUUAUAUUGGGAGCUGGACUAGUUUAACAGAUCUGCGGUUUCAAGGCAAUUCUUUUCAAGGACCACUUCCAACCACUCUUUCUAAUCUGGUCCAACUGACAGACUUACGAAUAGGUGACAUAGUAAAUGAGAGUUCUUCACUGGCAUUCAUCAGUAACAUGACAUUCUUGAGCACCUUAGUUUUGAGGAACUGCAGGAUAUCUGAUAGCCUGGCAUCAGUAAACUUUUCACAGUUUGCAAGAUUAAGCUUACUGGAUUUGAGUUUCAACAAUAUCACAGGACAAGUACCCCAAACCCUACUGAAUCUGAAUUCGCUCAAUUUCUUAUUUCUUGGGAAUAAUAGCCUUUCAGGAAGCCUUCCAAGCUCUAUAGGACCUUCUCUUACAAACUUAGACUUUUCUUACAACCAACUCUCAGGAAACUUUCCUUCUUGGGCUAGUCAGAACAAUUUGCAAUUGAAUUUGGUGGCAAACAAUUUCAUGAUCAACAACUCCAAUAACAGGGUCUUACCAUCGGGGCUGGAGUGCCUUCAGCGAAACACACCCUGUUUUCUUGGCUCUCCACAGUCUGCCUCCUUUGCUGUGGACUGUGGGAGCAGUAGACCUCUAUCUGGCUCAGAUAAUUCCAUGUAUCAGCCUGAUGCUGCCGAUCUUGGACCUGCAUCCUAUUAUGUUACAGGAGCACCAACAUGGGGUGUUAGCAAUGUGGGGAGGUUCAUGGAUGCACGAAAUGGAAGUUACAUAAUCUACAGCUCACACCAGUUUCAGAAUACUCUAGAUUCAGAACUGUUCCAGACAGCAAGGAUGUCACCAUCGUCUUUAAGAUACUAUGGUGUUGGACUUGAGAAUGGAAACUAUACGGUCACACUUCAAUUUGCAGAGUUUGACUUCGAAGACUCGCAGACUUGGAAGAGUGUAGGGAGAAGGGUUUUUGAUAUCUAUGUCCAGGGUGAGCGUAAGGAGCAAAACUUUGACAUAAGGAAGGCAGCAGGCGGGAAAUCUUACACUGCUGUCAAGAAGCAGUAUAUUGUUCCUGUCACUAGAAACUUCCUUGAGAUUCAUCUGUUCUGGGCUGGCAAGGGCACUUGUUGCAUCCCUAGUCAAGGCUACUACGGACCUGCAAUCUCAGCUUUGAGUGCAACUCCAAAUUUCAAACCUACAGUGCGUAGUGCUGCACAGAAGAAGAGUAGUGGUAAAACAGGUGUAGUUGUUGGAGUCGUGGUUGGUGCAACAGUUUUAGGACUACUAGCACUUGCUGGACUCUGUAUGUGGAGGCAGAAAAGGAGAAAACUAUCAUUGGAGCAACAAGAGCUGUACAGUAUUGUUGGAAGGCCUAAUGUACUUAGUUAUGGUGAUCUAAGGGCUGCUACUGAGAAUUUUAAUUCCAGUAACCUUCUUGGUGAAGGAGGAUAUGGGUCAGUUUAUAAGGGUAAAUUAACCGAUGGAAGGGUGGUGGCUGUAAAACAGCUAUCUGAAGCAUCUCAUCAGGGAAAAAAGGAAUUCGCAGCCGAAAUAGAAACUAUUUCUCGAGUGCAACACCGUAAUCUCGUGAAGUUGUAUGGUUGCUGCCUUGAGGGCAAUAAACCACUGUUAGUUUAUGAGUACCUGGAGAAUGGAAGCCUUGAUAAAGCACUGUUUGGAAGUGGGAGAUUGAACCUAGACUGGGCAACACGCUUUGAGAUAUGCUUAGGCAUUGCGAGAGGUCUGGCUUAUCUCCAUGAAGAGUCUAGCAUCCGUGUUGUGCACAGGGACAUAAAGGCCAGUAAUGUCUUACUUGACGCCAAUCUCAACCCUAAGAUCUCGGAUUUCGGGCUUGCCAAACUUUAUGAUGACAAGAAGACGCAUGUCAGCACAAAAGUUGCCGGUACAUUUGGUUAUCUUGCCCCUGAGUACGCCAUGAGAGGUCAUAUGACCGAGAAAAUUGAUGUGUUUGCAUUUGGUGUGGUCGUAUUGGAGACUUUAGCUGGAAGGCCGAACUUUGACAAUACGCUUGACGAAGACAAGGUUUAUAUUUUAGAAUGGGUAUGGCAACUGUACGAGGAAAAGCACCCUCUGGACAUGGUAGACCCCAAGCUCGCUGAGUUCAACGGCGACGAGGUGCUCCGGGCCAUCCACGUGGCCCUCCUCUGCACCCAGGGCUCGCCCCACCAGCGGCCGUCCAUGUCGCGGGCCGUGUCGAUGCUCGCCGGGGACGUGGAGGUGGGCGUGGUGGUGAACAAGCCCAGUUACAUCACCGAGUGGCAGAUCAAGGGCGGCAACACCAGCAGCUUCAUGAGCAGCGACGUCAGCGGGCAGUCGAGCUCGGGGACGAGGGCAGCCAUGUCGUCGCCGUUCCUGAACUCCGUCAUCGAGGACGGCAGGUGAUGAUCGACCAUCAGGUUCAGUUCAGAUCAGCUUCUGUCAAAUGGUGCCCGGAUUGUCCUGCGUUUGAUGGUUGCUUUGGCACCAUCUUUUCCUUUUCUUUUUUAUGGGGAGGUCCGUUCGAUUAUAACGUGUGCAGUGCGAGUUUUAUAUGUAUGCAUAAUCGGAUGGCGUUUGCUUUGAUUCAUUUGGAUGUGUAUAUAAGAUUUGCAAAU